GUCUAUGGGAAACACAAUCGCAUUAUAUUUGACGCAUUCAUAUAGCGUUGCAUUCAUUGUCUCAUUCAGUCGUCAAUCCACUCAUAAUUGCUUUGAUUUGCCGUUCAAUCCAUUAAUUGUCCGAAAGUUGAGUGCAUUUAGUGAUUGAAUUGAUUGCAUAUAUCGUGUGUCGAAGUGAUAGCAAUGCCUGAAACACAACACAAAGUACUACCGGCGCCGGUAUAUUGGGCUCAGAGGUCUAAUCUGGUGUACAUCAAGAUCGGUGUCGAGGAUGUCAAGUCACCCGACAUUAAAGUAGAAAAAGACAAAAUCUAUUACAAAGGUGUGGGUACUGGAAGUAAACAGGAAUAUGAGGCAAAUCUGGAGCUUUUCGACGAAAUUAAUACCGAAGACUCGAAAUAUAUAGUGAGAGACAGAGGGACGGAGUUUGUGCUGAUUAAGGCCAAAGAGGGGCCCUUCUGGAAGCGACUGCUCAAAACCCAACAGAAGUUCCAUUGGCUUAAGAUUGACUUCAAUAAGUGGAAGGAUGAGGACGACUCCGAGGACGAGGCCUCCGGACCCGGCGGUGUGGGCGGCGGCGGCGGCGGCGACUUCGAGGAGAUGAUGAGACAAAUGGGAGGCCUCGGAGGUAUGGGAGGCGCCGGUAUGCCUGAUUUGGGCGACUUAGAUGACAAAGAAGAAGGCGGUGCCGACAGCGAUGACGAAGAAUUGCCAGAAUUAGAGGACAAAUAAGUGUUUAGUUUGGUAUCAGACAUGAAAAUGAGCCACAAUUCUGUACAGCAUUUGAAACAAUUCAUUAAAUUCCCAAUUAAUACGAAAGAAUUCCUCAAAUAUAUUGAAUACGAAAAUGCAUUACAUUUUCUUAAAAUUUUUUCAAUUACUAGUGAAUAUAAUAGACUUUUAUCAAUCGAUUUAUGGUUUUGAGUGAUUGUAAAUCUCACACAACAUAUUAGUUGAAUUAAAAAGUUUAAUAUAUCGGAAAGCAAACAGUUAUUAGUUAAUCGUUUUAUAUAUGAAAUAAUUUUAAAUUUUUCACAUAAACUCAACGCUUAUAUCAAUUUCACAGUAUAUGACAAU